GACCAAAUCCGCGUUGCAGUGACGCGAGGCUGAGCGAGGGAGCGCGCGCGCGCGUGUGUGUGUGUGAGAGAGCGAGUGGCUGUGUGUUUUAUGUGCGUGCAUGCGCGCGUGUGUGCUGCUGAGACUCGACACGCAAAACGGAGCCCAAACUCCGGUGAGCUCACCCAGCGCUCGCGCUCACGCGCUCUCUCUCUCUCUCGACGUCUCUCCGCCAAAAGCAGUUUCAGACUAUUAACGAUGGCCGCGUUGACUGAAUAAGAGAAUUUACACAGCAGAGGAGGCGGCGACCCUGCUCUCAACUCCCUCACAGAGAGAAGAAGAAGAGCAGAAGAGCGAGGGAAGGGGAACGAGUGCAGGGAGGAGAGAAGGAGUGUGUGAGGACAGUCGAUGGAUGCUGCCCGGAUUGACGGGACAGCACAUUCUCAUCUGACAAGGAAAAGAAAGCUUUCAAAAUUGAGUCGAAGGAUAGAAACUCGCCGUCAGGCAUGGUGUGUGAGAAGGGGAUUCAGAUCCUCCUCACCAUCGUGGGGGCGUUUGCCUCCUUUGGCCUGAUGACGGUGGCAAUCGGGACAGAUUACUGGCUUUACUCUCGGGCUCUGAUCUGCAACAGCACAGCUAACGUCACACAGGAUGACCCGCACAACAAGGACAAGAAGGACCCCGGGGCCCUCACGCACUCGGGCCUGUGGAGGAUCUGCUGCCUCGAGGGGGUGAAGAGAGGUGUGUGUUCGCAGAUUAACCAUUUCCCAGAGGACGCUGACUUCGACCACGAUGGAGCAGAGUACGUCCUGCGGGUGGUUAGGGCCUCGAACAUUUUCCCCAUCCUCAGUGCUAUCCUGUUGCUGAUGGGCGGAGUUUGUAUCGCUGCCAGUCGUUUCUACAAGAGCAAGAGGAAUAUCAUACUGGGAGCUGGCAUUCUGUUUGUGGCCGCAGGUUUGAGCAACAUCAUCGGUGUUAUCGUGUACAUCUCGGCAGCGCUGGGCGACAUCUCUCCGAAGAAGGACGAGGACAAGAAGUGGCAGUACUCUUACGGCUGGUCCUUUUACUUCGGCGGCCUGUCCUUCAUCCUGGCCGAGAUGGUGGGGGUGCUGGCGGUGAACAUCUACAUCGAGAAGAACAAGGAGCUCCGCUGCCGCUCCCGCACCGACAUCUUCAAGAGCACCACUCACGCCAUGCUUCGGUUGCCUAGCUACCGCUUCCGCCGCCGCUCACGCUCAAGCUCUCGCUCCACCGACCCCUCCCGCUCCCGGGACCCCUCCCCGGUGGGUGUGGGCGGCCCGCCGGGGGGCAAAAACUUCGGCCUGCCACCCUCAGCCCUCCUGAGCCAGGGUCCGGUCUCUGUUUCAACACUUCCCAACCCGCACUCCCGCUCGGUUCUGCCAGGGGGCGACAUUUCACUCUACACGCUCUCACGGGACCCCAAGCUGGGGGGCCUGGGUGGGGUUAGUGGCCCCCCUCCUCUCUAUGGAACGGUGGACAGGGCAACUCUCUACCAGCUUCACAACUGCUUCCCGAAAGAAGGCGGAGGAGGCGGAAUGAUGAUGAGCGGAACACUGCCGUCGCUUAAGUCGCACAACCCAGUGUCCGGAGGCCAGAAUUCGUCAAGCGUCGGGAAUUCUGCGCCCCCAUCACAGCCGCCUCCACCUUUCUCCGCCUCCACUGUGGAGAGGGAGAGAGGGAUGGGGACGCUGGAUAGGCUGGGCAAGGCCGAGAGCAACUCCAACACGCUGAACAGGAAAACAACGCCGGUGUAAAAGAGAAGAAGAAGGAUGGGGAGAGAAGAACAGAGCAGAGCAUGGAUCCUACAGAAAAAGAAAAAUGGAAAAAGGGAAUAAACGGCAGGAAAAAAAAA